CGCGCGCGGCGUCCUGCCACCUCCCUCCAUACGGAAAAGCGUCGGCUGAAGAUCGCUCCCCUCUUCCGCCGCCGCCCGCUCGCAGCGAAGAGGAGCUGAGCGGGAAGAGCCCACUUGGCUUAGGCAGAAAAGGGAGGGGGGGCGGCGGCGAGGGAAGGCGCAAAGCAGCCGAGGCGCCUGACGAGAGCAAAAGGGGCGGCCCCAGGCCGUGUGUGCUGCUGCCGGCGCCUUUUAAACAGCGACACACGCCCGUUGACUCCUUGUGUGUCCAGAAGCCUGGAAGUGGGACGGGUGGGCGCCGCAGUCAUCUCCCUCCGCCCCUCUUGCACAGCCGCCGCUUUCUCCUCGUUCAGGAUCCCGAGCCCCGUCUCAAAGGAUGCCUCGCUACGAGCUGGCUUUGAUCCUGAAAGCCAUGCAAAGGCCUGAGGUGGCAGCAACGCUGAAACGCACAGUGGAGGCUUUGCUGGAGAGAGGAGCUGUGGUGAGGAAUUUGGAAAGCCUGGGAGAAAGGACCCUGCCGUAUAAAAUCUCAAAGCAUAAUCAACGCCACACAAGAGGAGGGUAUUUUUUGAUAGACUUUGUCUCUCCGACAACAGCUGUUUCAGAGAUGUUGGAGUAUUUAGGACGUGACAUUGAUGUAAUCAGGUCUACAGUUUUGAAACAUGAUGUGAUAAAGACCGAAGAAUGUAUGGGUAUAAUCCCAGUCAACUAUGAAGAGAAACUGAAUACGAAGAAGAAAUAAAGAUUUGAAAGCCAUGGAGACUGUUUUGCCACCUGAAUCCAGUUGUAAGCACAUAUGUAUAGCAUAUGCAAAGUCAAUACAUAAUACUGUGAUUGAUAAUGCUAUUUCAGCACAAUAGAGAUGUUGGUUAUUCUUGUUGUGAAUCAAACAAUCUGUUUUUAUUUGAUAGCUAGUGUGAAAAUUGAUAGAAAUGAAUGUAUUUCUAAAUUUAAUCUGCUGUUUGGAAGAUUAACAAUACAAUCCAAAACAGAGUUGUAAUUUUCUAAGCCAGUUGAUUCAGCAGACUCAGAAAGGUUUGGAAACCUGUUUAAGAUUGCAAUAUUAUAGAUACUUAUUCAGAGCUAAGCCACAUUGAACAAAAUGGGGCUUGAUUCCAAAUAAAUGUAUAGAAGUAGGCUGUAAAACUUUCAGUUUCUGGACUAUUACAACUUUGAACAAACAGCAGUAAAACUCCUCUGUAGUGUACAGUGACAUAUUUUAAAAGACAAGUUACAAAUCCACCGCAAAGUUGGGUAUGCAGACACAGAAUUUAGAAGAAAUGUUAGAGUAACAUUUCUGUGCUCUGUUCUCAGUUCUGUUCCUUGACUAAAACAGAGAUUUAGUUUCAGUAACAUAAAUGCUAUUCUAGGUGUUAGUUCAUGGAACUCAUGGAAAUUAUGUGGGUGAACAUGCAUUAUGUAUGCUUUAGCUUUUUUUUUUUUUUAAAGCAAAGUGAAAUAGUAGUUUACAUUUGGGAAGAUGUUAGGCCAGGUGUUAAGCUUCCCACAGUUGGUUGUUACAGUGGGGAAAGCAACAGGUAGGCUUUGACAGCACUAACAAAUAUAUUCUUCCCCGGUGCUGUCCUCCAGGCAUCUUCUGUGUAUAAACCGAUUAAAAGCAAUUUUGUUCUUA